ACAGCUGAUAGAAAACCUGCAAGAAAAGUCAAUAAGACGCUAUCUACGUUGAUAACAUAUUUAAUAGAAUUCUUUCGGAUAUUUGUAAUGAACAGGUGAAAAAUUUAUCUUGUAUCAUGGCGCAACAAAAUCUUGCUGUUAAAUUAUGUGGUGUACUUCAAUCUCAAAGUGAAGAUGAGGUAACUGCUAGAGAAUGGCGUUUAAUAGGGCAAGAGCAAGACGGCUCUCAAGUUUUUACUUGGGUGUCCAAUAGAAAUGACAAAGAAGUUAUGAACAUUGGCGUCUACACCAAUAACACAAAAACUUUGACUACACUACAUACUUUCGAGGAGAAAUUGAAUAUAAUACAGGCUUCAGUGAAUUCCACGCGCAGCUUGCUUAUUUAUGUUAUUAAAAUUCUUCCCAAAGAAGGUGAUGAUAUUCAGGAAGCUUUGUAUUGUCCAUAUUUAAUAUCUCUGCUUCCUGAUAAAUCUAGUGAGCCUGAGGAAGUAGAAGAGGGUUCGACCAGACAAAUAAUGGUGCAGUAUAUAUAUGGCAAGAGUAAGAAAUACAGCCCUGGUAUCAGAAAUGAUAGAUUUUUACUAUUUAAGCAUUUGGAAUGCAUCAAGAUAUACAGAACACCAAUGUUUCUUAAUGAAUGUGAUGAUGGUAGUGAGAAGUGGGGCUUUGAUGGUAUCUACCCCGAACCAGAGACUAUUGUGAAGGUAUUCUCAUGGGCGCAAUGGGAUUGUGUCAAUCAAGUAUUGUUCUACAUUCACUACCGGCAGCCGCAGCAGAGCUUCGCGGAGGGGGAGGAGGUGAAGUCUCCCAGUGAGAUGACACCCACACUCUCCGCGCUGCAGUUCCAUGCUGAUCUGCCUCAUGAGACUGUGCUGAAUAUUCCGCUGAGCCUGCCGCAGGGGGCGGGUGCAGGAGGUGGCGUGGGCGGGGCCGGGGGCGCGGCGUGCGGCUCGUACGAGGACGACGCGGUGCCGCUGCGCGUGCACGACUGCGGCCUCGACUUGCACAUCGUGUGCGACGCCCGCGGCCUCCUCUGUGUCUGCCAUCAUUACCUUUAUAAGCCUCUUGACGAUUCGACCACGUCCCUGGUGCUGGAGGACAGUGCGGAGCUGAAAGAGGGCGGCGUGAACUUUGCAUACUCGGUGACGCUGCUGCACCACGGCUGCGUCGUGCACAGCGUGCUGCCCGACCUGCCCUGGAACCUCGCCAAGUCCCUGCGACCUUCGUACACACUCUACGAAGAUAAUCAUCUCCUCGUGCACAUUCCAAUGCUGUUUACGCACUUGAUCGAUGUGAGCCUACACCACGAGCCAUGCGCCCACAUCGUGAUCCCGGUGGAGGCGAGCGAAAGUGGGCCCAGCCUCGCCCCGCUGCUUGGCUGGGGCGCCCACACCAUGGUCGACAUGAACACUCUGGAUGUUGUCACCAUGCACGUGGCGGAGAAAGACCUCGCUACUACAUUUAAGACGACGCCCAUUGAGAACAAACUGGCCAUCAUUCACUACUUGAUACAGCACGAGGGGAACUUGGAUUUGGCUGAAGAGCUGAUUUCGUGGGUGUGCGUGAACCAGGGGGCGGGGCUGUCGUGUGUGGGGGCGGGUGUGGGCGGGCUGCAGCGACUGAUGCAGGAGUACCUGGUGGCACAUACAUACGCCAGCACGCGUCGUGCCCUGCCCGCCGCCGCGCUCACCUUACUGCCCAUGCUGCCCUUCACGCUGCAUCUCAAGUUCACUGACAUCAAGGUUGGGGAGACGCAGGUGCUGGUGAGCCAGGAGAAGGUGUGGCACAGCGCGGCGGUGGUGCUGUCCCCGCGGCAGCGCGUGUGCCAGUUCGCGGAGGACACGUGGACGCGGCUGUGGGCGGCGCUCACCGCCGCGCCACGCCCCCGUCUGCGCCCCGGUGAUGUACUAGACCGUCUGCGUGUCUCACUGCACUGCUAUCAGCCGGAGGCGCUAUCACGCUGCAGCACUCCGCUGUCGCCGAGCGCGGGCGCUCCACUGCCGCCGCGCCGCCCCUCGCUGGCGCCGCAGGACGCUCUGCCCUUCUACGAGCUCGACGUGUGCACCGCCAGCCGACAGGAGCACGUCAUCGCCGCUAACUUGCGCGCUGUGAGCGUGCACGUGAUGCGGGAGUGUGGUGGGGGCGGGGCUGAGGGCGGGGUGCACGCGCUGGCGACGAGGUGGGCGUCUGCGCAGCUGGAGGCGGCGCGCUCCUUGUGUCGCGCUGCGUGUCGCGCAUGCGCACUGCCGUACUCACAUCUGCGCGGCUUCUCUCUAGUAGAUGAGAUGGAGCCGACACACGCGUUGGUGGUGUUCAAGGUGCUGGAGCAGUACUACCUGGCGGCGGAGGGCGCAGGGUUCCCUCUGCCCGCGGGCUUCAGCUCCUUCUUCACGUACCUGGGCUGGCGCGCUCUGCCGCAUCACGCGUUCAUGCAGCGCGUACACCGCAACGUCUUCGAGCUGCAAAUCGACGUACUCAAAGCUAUUGUCGCCGGUAAAGAUGAGGACGACAAGCGCAGCGUGAAUAACAAGCUGCGGCUGAUCCAGCUGGCGGGGGAGGCGCGGGGGCGGCGCGCGCUGGGGGCGUGGCAGCACCGCGCCGCCCUGCAGCUGCGUGCGCGCGAGCACGCCGGCGCACUGCUCAGCGGCGGACACAGCGCCACACGCGACCGGCUGCGGCACAGCGCGCUGCGGGAUACAGGUGGUAUAGCGGCGCUGCCAUCAGGCGAACGUUUGUCGCCGCUGGACACAUUCCUGGAUCUGCUGACGGCGAAGGCCAGCCUCAACGAGCUGGACUUCAACCUAAUCAUAGAAGCAACCCUCGCAUCCGUGCAUCAGCAGACUGCUCAGUAAACCUCUACAAUGGAACUUGAUUCAUACACCUAUACAUACAUAGUUAGGCACUUACUAAACUAGCGGUAACUUGCCAUCUUUAAGCCACAUUUCCACUUAACAUCAGGUGUUAGUUUGUGUAUAAAAAUGCGUUAACAGAAUAUUUUAAAUCAUAUACUUGAAGUAGUUUGAAAUAGAUAUCAAUAAGGUAAAGUUAAAGUAAAAAAAAACCUAAUAAAAUG